AUGGGUCUUGGGGCUCAGGAGAAGACAGCACGGCCUCACCUCUGCACCCCUGCUGUCCUCACCCAGGUGCUGUGUGAGCUCAUCAACGGGCUGUACCCCGAGGGGCAGGCCCCCGUGAAGAAGAUCCAGGCCUCCACCAUGGCCUUCAAGCAGAUGGAGCAGAUCUCUCAGUUCUUACAGGCGGCCGAACGCUAUGGCAUCAACACCACCGACAUCUUCCAGACCGUGGACCUCUGGGAAGGAAAGAACAUGGCAUGUGUGCAGCGGACGCUGAUGAACCUGGGUGGGCUGGCGGUAGCCCGGGACGAUGGGCUUUUCUCUGGAGAUCCCAACUGGUUUCCUAAGAAAUCCAAGGAGAACCCUCGCAACUUCUCGGACAACCAGCUACAAGAGGGCAAGAACGUGAUCGGGCUACAGAUGGGUACCAACCGCGGGGCGUCCCAGGCAGGCAUGACUGGCUACGGGAUGCCCCGCCAGAUCCUCUGAUCCCACCGCGCCCUGCCCCGCCCUCCCACGGAUGGUUAAUAUAUAUGUAUAUUUCAGCAGUGACAUUCCCCGAGAGCCCCUGGGGCUCGCAGACUCCCCUCUGCCAGGGCGGGGGCCUGGCCUGCCUCCUCUGGGGGGCACCCGACAGCGGGCUCUCCCCCUGGGCUUACUAAUACAUUCCCUUCCUCAAACCCACCCAAACUGGACCAACCACAACUGGCCUCUUUUCUCCUGGGACCAAAAUUUGGGGGCCUCACCACCCCCCAGCCGCAUACCUCUUCACUUGCCCUUUGGCUUCUCUCCCCACGACCCCUGAGCUCCGUGCCCUCAAUCCAUUCCUUGGCCGGGGGUCAGGGACGCCGCCUUCCGGCCUUCCUUCCGCAAGCAUGCCUCGCCCCCAGCUGUGGCUGCAGGGACCUAAUUUAUAGGGAGAGGCCUGUGGCGGCCGCCUCCCCAGCCACAGCCGGGCUGCGCUCACCACACGUCAAGGCAGCCGGCCCCUGGCAGGGGUCCUCUUGGCUUCCCAUUUUCCAUUCCCCUUGCUGUGGCUGGGGCUUGAAAAACCUGAGUUUGCUGAUUUGAAUAAAUAUCUCUGCCUUUUUUUGGA